GGGGGGGCCCGCGCGCCCGCGGCCGCGGAAGGAGGUCCGGCACCGCCGCGGGCCCCGGAAAGCUGGGGUGACGCUCUGCGCGGGCAAGGGUUCUUCCGCCGGCCUCGCCCGCGUCUCCGCCCGGGCGUUGGGACGACCUUGGCGGUGGUCUCGCGUGAGUUUGGCGUGUGCUGGCGCGGCCGGUGGCCCGGGGCCCGGUGGAUGGGGGGCGAACGACGUAUUGCACAUUAUUAUUAUUGUUGUUGUUGGCUCUCGCGCUUCCCUAUGCUCUUUGCCGGUCGCGGUUUUGCGGUGGUUGCGAUCGGAUAUUGUGGGUGUUUUGUUUUUAUUGUUGCGCUUUUUUUUAUUGGGAAGGUUUUUUUUUGAAAUUCUUGAAGUGUGCACAAGACACGAAAUGGCGAUUAUAUCUUCGUUUGUUUCGUUUCAGCGUAUCCUUGUUGCAGAGGACCAUGUUACUUCUCCGAUGAGGCCAGUGGUUAAUGUAAUGUUGGAGCGUCUUCCAAGUUACGAUACAAAGGUAAGCUACCAGUAUGAGGCGAACGUGUACCAUUUUUUGAUUGAAAAUGAAAUUGUGUAUUGUUGUGUUUCAGGGAAUCAAUACCAAAAUCGCACCGUGUUUGGUUUCCUGAUGCAGGUUCGGGAUUCAUUUAAAAGUCAAUUUGCUGGAAAUGUGAGUAGGUAUCCGCGCUCUUCUGAAAUGACGCCUGCUGUUUGUGGUAAGUUCCGCACCACCCUUGCUGACCUGACGCGUACCUUCAACGAAAACCCCCAGGCUGACAAAAUCGGGAAAAUAAAUGAGCAACUUGAUAGCACAAAACAAGUUAUGUUGGAGAAUCUUGAUAGAUUGAUUGAUCGGGGCGAGCGUAUUGAAAGCCUAUGUGAUAAAACAGAGCAGCUGCGGGAUGAGGCACAAGGAUUCCAUUCCAAUACCAGGGCCUUAAAGAGGAAAAUGCUAAUCAGGAACAUUAAACUUGCAAUCGCGCUUAUUCUUGUACUGGGCCUUGUUGGCCUAAUUAU